UAUUGGACAACGGAAGUGCUAAAAGUGGAUAACAAAUUGCAAAGAAAAUGUCCCGCAAUCAAUUACCAGAUUCAUCCUCCUCUCCACCUAUUAGCCACUUGCCGUUCCACAAUUUUGACGACGAUCUCAUAAAUGAUUUACCCUCUUGCAUCUAUGCGGGUCAACAUCAGAACUCUGGGGUAACUGCUGGAAAUGGCAAUGGCAAUAAUGGAUUGCGCCUCAACUCGAAUAAUUUGCGACACAUUCAACAGCACUAUUUGCAACAUGGUGGAGAAAAUCUACUCGACUCUUCAACCAAUUCGUUGGCAAUGCACAAUUCGAAUAAUGCCACGCCCAUGAUGUGCAAUAGUCCCAGUGCCAGCAGCAGCGGAGGAGGCAAUCCCGGUGGAGCAGGCGGAGGAGGGGCAGGUGGCGUAGUUAGUGGCGGAGUAUCUGGUACAGCAGCAAGCACAUCCGGAGCAGCUGCAAAUGCUGGUUAUGGCACAGCUGCAUCCAGCUAUAAGAUUCAACGACAACAGGCCAGUGUCAGGGAAAGGAAACGCAUCCAGAGGUCCGCACCAACUGGUAGCAUAAAUUCCGCCUUCGAUGAGUUACGUGUCCAUGUACCAACAUUUCCAUACGAGAAACGUCUAAGCAAAAUUGAUACUCUACGAUUGGCCAUUGCCUAUAUAUCCUUGCUGAGAGAGGUCUUACAAACAGAUUACGAUCCGCUCACAUAUGUGGAAAAGUGUUUGCGUGGUGAAAUCAAAGCAGAUCGAGCCAAUUGGAAUACAAGUGAUUUAACAGCUCGUCUAUCAUGGAUAAAUUGGGAGAAUCUGGGUGUUCAUCCGGGACGGCGAACAUUGCUUACUUCAUUGGCUUUGUCAUCGGAACCCAUGUGCGGAGCACACUGCGGCAUGCCCUAAGAUAUAUAAUUGGGUAGAAAAACACGUAUUAACUCGUAUCUAGUCAUUCCUGUUAACUACAUAAUCUUCCCCCUUAAAAAACACAGUCUUCCUGUCUUAGUUUUAAGUCUUCGUUUAACUUAGUGCAUUUUCAAUAAAUU